AUGUUACAUAUAGACAGUGAUCUCUUGUCACCGAUUUCGACUGAUCCACCUUUCCAACUAUUUGAACGUCGAGAACACGUCAUCAAACCGACUCGUUUAGAUUAUAGUACAUGGAAUCAAAGAAAUCCCAUACAAACUAAUAAAUUUUAUGGAAAUUUAAUGUUGGAUAAUGGACAAGAUCCUAUCUGGCCGUUACCUUAUGGAUUGAGAUGGGAACGAGGACAAAAUAGAGAUUUUUGGGGAUUUAGUGUUUCUCAUGUUGAUUAUGAUAAGAAGGUUUUUGGCCCAGACCCAAAUCAAAAUCCUGUAGAAUUUUAUUAUAGCUUAUACAUCCCAACCAUCGUAUUCUCUGCCAAAGAGCUUGGAAGUAACCACGAACUUCUAUUAUCAAAUAUGUCAGAAUUCUCUUCAACCGUCAAACUAUUUCCCUAUGGUCGUUCUGGCUCUUACAUCUCUUUCCCGAUCUCUC